GAUUACGUUAUUUGACGAGAUCCUUGUUUUUUACCAAGUCAUAAUUUUAUUGUUUAGAUAAAAUUUAAAAUGGAUACUCUUGAUAGACAUAGAAUAAAACGAAAUAUAAAUAAGUUAAUAGAGUUGUUAGACUUUGAUCAGAUUUCACCUUUGUUAUUAGAAAACAAAGUAUUCACCCACAUGAUGAUAGAAGAUAUAAGAACAGAAAACAAUAAUAGAGAAAGAAACAGAAAGUUACUAAGUGAUCUUUGCACUCGAGGUCCAACAGCUUUUAAUAAAUUUCUUGCUAUUUUGAGACAAACAAAUCAUAAUCAAGCUUUUGAUGUUUUAUCAGAAAAUGAAGAAAAUAUAAAUAUUCAGUUAAAUAUAAAUCAGAGAGAAGACUAUGAGAGAGAUUCAUCUGAAAUAGAAUUUUUGAUAACUUCUAUUAACUUAUUUUUGUUAUUUUGAUUUUGUUAAAUCAAAUUGGUGAUCAAAUUAACAAGAUGGUGGCUCAAGAAAAGAACAGCCUGCUCAAAGAAUUGAAAAAGUCAUACCAG